AUGAAAGAAGAGAUAUUCGACCCAGUCGUAAAUAUUAAUGUCUUUGAGGAAGAGGCCGGUGUCAUUCGCCUGGUCAAUGCGUCGGAAUUCGGGCUGUAUCCGGCUGUGUACACGCGUGACGUGAGUCUAGCUAUGCGAAUGGCGACAGCUAUUCAGGUAGGCACUGUUGGUAUCAACUGCACGAGUCCGUCAGGGGAAUUUGAUAUGCCGCUCGGCGGAUAUAAAGCCAGUGGCAUUCGGAUGGAAGCUAUUCAUCAUAGUCUAGAGAACUACGAGACGAAAACGGUGCUCAUGAGUGUCAAUUCGCUCUAG